AAACUAUUUGAGAUAAAUGAUUCAAGUUAGUUUUAUCUUAAAGAGCAUUUAAUGCGAAUUGAAAAUAUAUAAAUAUGGAUUAGAGUUUGUGGAAUAUUAAUUGAGUUAUAAGUGUUUUUGUGAGGAAAUGUCAGAUUAUCAAAAAUUUUUCAGGGCCAAAAAUAUGGUCUGAAUUACAUACAUUUGAAAAAUCUGAAUUACAAAUGAAUUUUAGUUGAGAUUUACUGAAUUACAAAUGAGAUUUUAAUUUAGAAAAUUGAUAAUAUGAACUACAAGUGAGAUUUUCUAAAUUACAAUAAUUAUUAAAGGUCCUUGCCUGUGCAUAUAUUGUAGCAUUAUCUGGUACAACAACGCACUCCUUCUCCAGCAAAUACUUAUGGGCAUGGUCAAAAGUAGCCAAAGCCCCCUCACCAAUUAACUCAGUAUCGAAAACUUCUGUAACUAAAAUAUUACAUUUCUCACUCAAAUCCCCAUUGGGCCCCACUGUCAAUUCAGUAGACCUUUUCGAAACAACUCUAAUACAAUCUUUAAACCCAUUCAACUCGAUUAUUUUCAAGGCACAUUGACCCAUAGGCUUGAAAGCUUCGCAAGCUGUAACUUUGUCAGCCCCUUGCCUAACUGCCAUCAUUGACAACAACCCUGUACCAGUGCCAAUAUCUAAAACCAAGGCCUUUUUGCCUAAAGAGUGAAUCUUAUCGAUAGCUACUUUGAGGGCUUUUUCGUAAAGUCGAUUUCUUUCGGUGUCGUGCAGCAUGUCUGCAAAGGCCGACCUGGCAACUUCUUGGUGAUAGUCGUAGUCUUCGUUUUGGAUCACCCAGUCGUUGUGACCGGUGAGGGGGUUCAGUUUUUGUACGAAGACACUCAUAUUUUUGCUAAAACGCGAAAAACUUUUUAAAAACAUAAAAAGGAAUUUAAAGUAGGGUUAUGUUGUUAUGUUUACAUUAUUCAAAUUUGACUUUAUAAUACAGUGUUGCCAAGUUGAAAUUGAUCUUAAAUAAAUAAAAAUGUUCCCUUUUUAAACGUCUUUAGGCCUUUUGUUUAUUCAAAAAACAACAAUUUUAUUGUAUUAAAACUAAUUUAUUUUCAAUAUUAAAAGGGUUUUUAAAAAUGGCACACAAAUCAGCUGUUUCCAUUUUGAGUAAACAUUUUUCAUCUCCUUUCAUAAGCAUCAAAUAGAAAAAGAUAAAAAUACUUGACAAACAUUUAACCAAUAGAGUUUGUUUAUUUUUUUUGGCAGCUGUCAGUGUGUUGUCAACAAAUUGCAAAUUGGUGACAACUCAAAUGUAUAAUAAUGUAUAUUGUUUAAAUAAUAAUUAUUAAUUAAUUAAUAAUAAUAAAAAAUGUGAUUACAAAUUAAAAGAAAAACCCAGUCUCAGUGUGUGUUGCAAUGUGGUACAUUUAAGUUCAAAUAAAACACUACAGGCCAGGUCAAAUGUUAUUGUGUGCGUGUGAUAAAAAUUACUAUUAAUAGUUUUUAAUUAACAAUUUGUUUAAAACAAUGACUACAAUUACAAUGGAAGAAUACGAACUAAUGAAAGACUCUAAAUACCGGAUGUACGUGGCCGCAGUCGAUAAGGCCCUUAAAAAUUUCGAUUACACUUCGGAAUGGGCAGACCUUAUUUCAGCCCUAGGAAAAUUAAACAAGGUGUUGUUAAGCUACACAAAAUUCCCUGUAAUACCACGUAGAAUAAAAAUCAGCAAAAGACUAGCCCAAUGUAUGCAUCCAGCUUUACCAUCUGGGGUGCAUUUGAAAGCCCUAGAGACCUACGACAUUAUUUUCAGGUGUAUGGGGACCAAUAGGUUGGCUUGCGAGUUGUUUAUUUAUAGUUCAGGUCUAUUCCCACUAAUGAGCCACGCGGCCAUGAACAUCCGCCCAAUCCUAUUGACAAUCUACGAGACCCAUUUUGUACCUUUGGGCGAUCGACUCAGACCAGCCUUAAGCGGAUUUCUGAGCGGCAUUUUGCCCGGCUUGGACACUGGAACGGAUCAUUUUGACCGGACCAAUAAACUACUGGAAGAUGUUUGUGAAGGUGUAGACCCGCCUUAUUUUUAUACUUGUAUAUGGCAAUGUGUGGCUAAUAAUAGUCCUGUAAGAUUGCCUGCUGUUACCUAUGUUUAUGCCCAUUAUAGUAGGAAAAUACCUAUGGAGGAUCAGCUUGAUUUGAUGGGGCAUGAUAUUGGAUUAAUGGUUUCAGGUUUAUGUGCAGCAGUGCAAGAUUCUAGUGUAUUGGUGCAAAGAUCUGCUCUUGAUUUACUAAUGGUUUGUUUCCCUAUGCAAAAUAAACAGCUAUUAUAUGCUGAUAUGGUGAGGCUUGUUACUGCUGCUUUAUCUACAAUUUUAAGGCGAGACAUGUCUCUUAAUAGGCGUCUGUAUUCUUGGCUACUAGAAACCGAAACCCAAAAUUUGCCUUUACUUCAAAUUGAUGGCGAACAGCAAGAUGUUUUCCACACAACCCAAACCCAUUCAAUUGCUUAUGAUUUACUAAACGAUGCAAUUAAAGACAUUUUGAAAAAAUCUAGCACUUGUUUGCCAAUAGAUGUUAAAUCCUAUAGACUUUUAACGUCUUUGUUUGAGAAACCUCAAAUUGGGCCAGUAAUUUUAGACUCAAUACUCUAUGAUGUGUUUAGGACUCUAUAUUUGUCCUGUUUGAGCUUGCAAAAGUAUCAAAAUCAAUCAGGAAGAUGUGUAUCGUUCAAUGGGGACUUAAACAGCUUGAAAACCAGUAGUGAUUCUUUAAAUAGCCAAUUUGUUGCUAAAAAUUGUCAGGAAUUAGUCAAAAAUGCCAAUUUACUAUUCAAUACUUUACAAAGCUACUAUAUUUGGUCUUAUAUUGAAAAACUAUAUGACGAGGCUGUUAAAAAUAUCAAAAAAUUCAAAUAUAGAGAUCGUUGUCAAGUUAAUGAAAUUGGCAGUGGAAGUCCUUAUAUUUUAGAACUUUGCCUUUUGACUGAUUUCCUUUUGGACAUUAUUCCUAUUGAGUCUUAUGCGGAAAGCACUUCAAACAUCUUACCCAGCCUGUUUACCAAAAUCAUAAAAGCCUUGAAUGUGCAUAUGAUUGAUUUAAAUCAUCACGAAAUCGCAAAAAGCUUGGAAUUGUGCACUAAGAUUUUAAUGAAAAUUCAGCCAAUACAUAUAAAGCAAAUGGAAGAAGAAUCUUUUGAAGAAAAACAGGAACAAAGGAUUCUUGAGAAAAGCAAAUCAGAUUCGAAGAUUAAUGAAAGUUUUAAUAAUGACAAAAGUGAAUUGUUGGUUGAUGAUUUGGCCAGAGAAAGAUCCUACAGUAACCAAUUCACAAAGAAAAAAGACAAAACCAGCCCUCGCACAGAAAAGAAAACCAAAAACAAGAAAUCCAAAUCGAGCUCCAAGCUUUACGACUUAAAAAACCAAGACAUCUCAGAUGAAAUCCCUGAAUCCAAAGAAAGUCUUCCCACAUCCCCACCUUCAACAGCCAAAUAUGAAAACAAAUAUUUCCUAAAAUGCUUGGACGAAUAUAAAAGAUUUUACGUUACCUUUAUAAAAUGCAAAGUCUUACAAAAUGUUGACAUUAAAGGUUUCUUUAAAGGCCUCAUCUACGACAAACAACAAAGAAUCCAACAAUUGCAAACCUUAUUAGACAGAAGAUUAACAAACCAGCAAUUUAAGCCAAUAAUUGAUUGCACUGGCGUAAACUUCAAAUAUGAAUACAAAACAAUUCCUGAAAUUUACUCAAACUAUGAAACAUCUAUGACUAUAGCUUCAAAAAUCUUAUUGGAAUUUUGCUCUUAUCCGACCAAUACAAACGACCAAAAAACUCCUCAUUGGCUUGAAGCUUUAAUAGUUUCAAGUUGUUGCAAAGAAGCCUCAACAAAAAUCCAACUAACAGCCAUGAGCACUUUGCUAGAAAUAUUCAAUUUACCAGAACACAAUUAUGUGAAUUUUGUGGAUGAAAACACUAUGGCAAUUGAGGAAAUGUCCAAAAUUCUUUGGACACUUUUGGGUACAGUCAAAAACCAAAACCAACUAAUGUUGUGUGUUACUUUGCUUUAUCAAAUUCAUAACAGUUUUGAUUGUAAAGUAGAACAAAUAAUUGGAAGAUGUUUGUCUUAUGAUUUAGUUACAGUAAAAUAUAUAAAGCAAUUUUGCACUUUGUGGCAUUUAGGCCGAGACUUGACUAUCAAAUUGCCUCCUAAUAAAAACCACACAAAAAGCUUUGAUAGGAGUUUAUUGAAAAUCUUAGACUUGCUUCAAAAUAAGGACAAACCCACAUUACAACUAUUGGCUGAAUCGUUUUUAAACCAUGCCCUUUUACACCAAGACAUUCCUAGAAUAUUAAACCCUAUUUUGCUUAAACUAUUGGCAAGCAAUACAGCUAGAGUAUCUAUAAGGCAUGUCAACAUUCAAGACAAUGAUAUACAAAAUGAACAAUUGGAUCAGGACAAUCAAAAAAUUGUUGAGUCGCAAACCAAAAAGAUUUAUGCUGUUAGUAAUGUUAAUGGUAAUGUAAUGUAUCACAUGACAGAUAGUCCUAGGCCAAAAUCCCCCAAAAAACGCUGGUUCGCUUUUUCAAAAUCUGGCAAAAAAUACGCCUCAGCCAUCAAUAUGACUACCAGCCUUCUAGAAGAUACCAAUGGCACAGUGACUAAGAAAAAUAAAGAUUUCAAAAAUUAUAAUGUGUCUCCCAAUUUGGAUAAGCAUUCUAAGGGCAAUGUUAAGCUUAUAAUCAACCCUUUGAGCAACAAGGAGAUUUAUCCUGUAGGGUUAGAAGGAUCUUAUGCCAGGAAAACAUCUCAUACUUCUUCGGAUAGUUUGUCUAGCAACGAUAAUACGAUUAGUUGCGAUGAUUCGAUUGAGAGACGGGUGAUGGAACAAUGUGAUUCUUUGCCAGGUGACAGAGACAGCGGCUACGAUUCCCUAAAACAACAACGCAAACAAUCCGAAAUCCUAAACUCCCUCGUCGACAACAGCAAAAAAGCCCUACUAGAAAGCAUGGAACCGAUUUCUAACGGCAUAAAAGAAGUAAAACUCCCAAAGUCGCACAGCUUUGACGAAAAAAGCAACGCAAAAUGCUGCGACGAAAACUCCCUAGUGCAAAGCUGGUCUUAUUGUAUAUCGGAUUCGGCAAAUUUACAUGGAGAGUUGGAGAUUAGUAAAAGUGCGGAGGAGUUUUUCAAAGGCCGUGAUGAAGAACUAGCAAUUGUAUCCAGCAUUUUAGAAAAACUUAUUGAGGAUGUUUGCCAGCAAACAUCUCACAGACCCACUGAUUUAGACUUAAAAAACAAAAUCAACAUUUCAAAUUCAAAGAAUUUUGUUUUGUAUCCGAUUCAUUCGCAUUUGUGUUUGUAUUAUGAGUUGUUUGAUUCAAAUCAAAUUAUGUAUGUUUUGAGUACUUUGAAGAAUUGCAUUUUGUGCAAUCCUCAGCUUUUUAUCAAGUGCUCAGCUGCUAGUGGGAUUAAGGAUCUUAAAAGUCACGAUAUUUUGAAUUUGCUGGCUAGACAUAGGAAAAGUCUUUUGGGCCAAGGAUUUACUGGGGAAUUGGCACAAGAGCAUUUAAAUAUUUACAAAAACUAUAUGUUUUUGGAUGUUGUUUUGUCUAUUUGUCUCAACUAUGCCCGCACGUUUUUUCCUUUUAUGGAAGAUUCAAGUGAAGAACUUGAAACAAACAACAAAAUUCAAAUUGAGUCUUUGGAAAUUUUGCAUAUAAUUGUUAAGAAUCUUGUGGCAAUGGUGGAAGGGAAUGGUAAUAAGGGUUUUAGCAGUUACAUUGCUGAUUUGCUUAUUAAAUGCAAAAUUCAAAAGACUUUGCUGCAUUGUUUGCUGACUUCUGUAAGGAAUUUUGAUGAGGAUAUGACUUUCGCUGAAGAUAUUUUGAUGUUUAAUCACUUUCAACUUUGCAAUUCUGAGAAUCGUGUUGGGGGACACGUUGAAGCUUUUCAAAUACAACUUUUAAGGUUGAUCCAUUCUUUGAUCAUCUUGGAACAUUUGGUUUUCCCCAUGGCCAAACCAAUAUUAACCCAAAAUGCUACACUAGAGACUUCAAAUUGUGGCUCAGUAAACGGCGAACACUUGAACUACACUCCUACAGUUUUGAUACCCAAACAGCAAAUAUUUCUAUCAGCCAUUUUAAGUGCUUUACGUAAUGAAAACAUGCGCUGCAUGCACGAAAAAUGGCUCAACAUGGUAACUUGUUGUUUGCCUUAUUUCGGAGACAACCUAAAGCAAAUCUCCAUAAGCGUUAUUCAUCAGAUUUGCAGCAACAUUGAAGAAGUCGCUUGCAACUAUGACAAACCUGAAUUGGACGAUUUUGAAAUUGGCUCUGAUUAUACAGUGACUCAGUUGGAAUCUUUGACUAUUUUAUGUCAUUAUUGUUUGUUGGAUGCUUCUCAAACAGCCAAUCAAAACGUGCCAGUGUCUACAACAUCUACAACUCAUUCGAGCGAGAUUCUUAAUAAUUUAGUCAAUGUGUUUUUUACUCCUUUGAUUUCUGACAUUAAUUUUUCCACAAAACAAAACUCGGAUCACUAUCAAAACGCUAGGAAAACUAUACUGAGUCACAUGCCUAGAAUUAUUACAAGUGUAGCUAAACUAUGGCAGACGGUUGUUGGGCUGGAAGACUUCAACAGCGUUUAUGGAAAUUCAAAAGUAGUCAAACAGCAACUUUUAGAGUUUUUGAGUCCGAUUGCUGUCCACCAUGGGGCUGCCUUUUUGGCUGCAGUGGCUGUUGCUUGGUUUGAAAGACGGAAUCCGUUUAGUAAUGUUAAAGCUGUUUUGCCUGAACCAAAUGCCGGUCAAAACAACUUAGUCUACCUUAUAUCUGCAAUCAGAAUGAUUCCGCUGGACAAUUUAGUGCAAAUAGUGACCGCUGUGAUAAAAAACCCUCCGCCCUGUGAAGGUUUAAGCUCCGAUAUUUGUCUUGAUGUUGCGAUUUUAGAGUUGUUUUACAGUUACAUGAGAAAUGCUUCUGCCACUCAACUGUCUGAGGCUUGGAGCUCUUUGCUGUCACUUAUAAGAGAAGUGAAUGUCUUAAGUCCGUCUGCGCAGUUUUUGUUGGCGGCAAUUUUACACGAAAUGAUGAUCAAAUGUUGUCCUUUGGAAGAGCGGAAAGAUCAGAAGGAUUUGCAAGAUGUUACAGCUAAAGUAAGACUAAGAUUAUGCUUUUUGUCGGGGGGGCCAAAUUCAUUAUUAGAUAGACACAUUUUGCAGCUCAUCGACUGUGUCUCCCAAGUUUGUGGCUCUUGCCUGGAACAAACCACUUGGCUAAGAAGAAACUUUGCGGUACGCGAAGACGAAGAAACCACCCCAGACGCCAACAUACCAAACACUGACUUUGUGCUGAGUUCCAGCCACAGCGUCCAAGCUCAGCUUGUUUUAGCUGAAAUCUUAGCCCCUAUUUUAGAUAUUUGUUUCGGGUCUCAGGAAAAAGACAAAGUCAAUAGCAUUUUGGCUUCCCUAAUGUGUAAUAUCGUGCCCUAUUUAAAAACUCAUACAGUCAAAAACAUGCCCAGCUUUAAUGCUUGCUCUAAGCUGUUGUCCAGCUUAAGUAGCUACCAAUAUACAAGAAAAGCGUGGAAAAAAGAUGUUUUUGACUUACUAUUGGAUAAUACUUUAUUUCAAAUGGACUACAGUUGUUUAAAAUAUUGGCGGGUAAUUGUGGAUAAUUUAAUGACUCACGAUAAUACAACUUUUAGAGAUUUAAUGAGCAGGGUAUCGAUGCCUCAAAGCGGCACUUUAGGGAUUUUCUCUUCCAGAGAACAAGAAUAUGAGCAAAAGGCUCAACUACUAAAACGACUUGCUUAUAUUAUAUUUUGCAGCGAAAUUGAUCAAUAUGCUAAAUAUAUGCCUGAAAUACAAGAACAAUUAACAACAAGUCUUAGAUUGAAUGUGCCAGGUAUUCAGGCACAAGUUUUUAUGUGCUUCCGCGUGAUUCUCAUCAGAAUGAGCCCUAUUCACGUGACCAGCUUGUGGCCAAUAAUAAUUAGCGAAAUGUUGCAAGUCUUCCUGCAAAUCGAACAAGAGUUGAGCACCGACAGCGAAGAAUUCAGGACAACUAACAACAGCUCUCAUAUAAAACUGAUGUCCUCGUUAGACGCUAGCUGGGCGACCAAUAGCAACAACGGGUUGCACGCUUUGGGACAUCCUCAUUGGCUCAGGUUGCAACUUGCUACGGCCAAAUUGUUGGAUUUAGCUUUAUUAUUACCAGCCACAACUCUACCACAAUUUCAAAUGUAUCGUUGGGCUUUUGUGGGAGACGAUUUAUUAAACAAAUCUGACAGUUUUGUGCCUCACGUAGUCAGAAUAGCUGAGUUUAUGGAUCGGAAAUUUUCUGAUACGCAAAUUGAUAUUUUGCCAAUGAAACGCAACGAGUUGCUGUUAACUGUUAAUGUGAUUACGCAACUUAAAGACCUCCACAGCUUCUUUAAAACAUUAAGCUCUUGUUCCAAUCGACAUAGGACUGAGUGCACCAAAUCUGUAGCAAGUGACAACUUGUUUGCUGACAGGCAAAGCGAUAAAAAGUUGGAUAUGAUUUUGGACAAGAUUGACAAAGUUGUAGAGGGCGAUUUUCUCGAUAAGAUUCCUAGAUAAAUGUUGCUUUGCUUUAAAUAAAAAAGGAAUCUCAUAUAAAAUCAGUCGGCAGUUAUUUUUCUAUACACAGUCAAUUAUAAGCAGCAUGACACUAGUUUUUGCCCAAAGAAAUCAGUAUUAAAAUGGCGGUGCAUUUAUGUUAUUCGUAUGUAGUCUUGCACUUAACUGUGUGGAGGGAGUUUUUGCACUUUUUUUUUUUGUUAAUUUAUUGUUGUUGAAAAUGUUUAAAUUUGACUUUUAUUUAUAUUAAGGUGCAAAUUAACAAAAAGCAUUUAUAUUGAUUAUUUAGUGAGCAUUCACACCAAAGUAGCAUGCAACCUGCAAAACAGAAGUAGCAUGCUCCUUGCUUCUUAGCAGCAAGGCGCAUGUCACAUGCUACUUUAGUCUGAAUGCCCACUUUAUAAUAAAAAUGUGAUUUUAAUAUUGUGAUGUUAUUAUGAAAAAAAAAAAAAACCCAAUUCUUUGUUUUAUUAUUUGUUAUUUGUAAUAAUUAUUUCAAAAUAAAUAAAAUACUUUUUACUAUUAAUUUUUAGUUGGUCUUCUCAGUGUUGCAGAGCGUACUUCUAAUAAUAUCGGCCUCUCUUUUGUGCUUGGAAUAAACGAAUGGGUUCUUCUCACUUUGUCACCGUGUAUAUUGGUAAAGUUUAGCUUCCAAGAAAUCCUUUUUGCCUUCAGAUAAAACGAUUUUCUCUCUGGCUUGUUUUAGUUCUUCAUCUAAAGCUUGACGUUCUUUUUCCAGUUGGGCCAAUCUUUGCUCGGCACCUCUCAGUUGUUCUUCUUUUUGUCUUUGUCUGUCUUCAUAUUCUUUUCGUUUUAUGCGUUCUUCUUCAAGAAGCAUUUUUUGUUCGCCUUGCAACCUUUCCAAUUCGUCACGUUUUUCCCAUUCUUCGGCCAAAACUCUUGCUUGAAGUGCCCUUACAAUUUCUUCAUCUCUUUUGGCUUGAGUUUCUUCUUCCAGUAAUUUUUCCAGUUUCACUUUGAUUUCGGCCAGUUGUUCCAGUUUUUUGGAAUCUUCUUUGACCAAGGCUUCCAGCUCUUUUGCUUGGCCUUCUGCCGCUUGUCUGGCACUCCUUUCCAGUUGCAAUUGAGUCUUUGCCUGUAUCAUUUCCUGUACACGUCCUUGCCUUUGCAACCGUCGUUUGGCCGCUUGCAAUCUCUGAUAAGUUUGCUGGCUGCCGGAAUGAUCGGCGGCAAGUUGUAGAGCGGACAUCCACUGAAGUCUGGUCAUGUGAUCGGAAGCUCCUAGCUCAAAAUUCCGCUCAGUACCGUGCAAAAUAAUCCUGUAGCCCGUUGUAGCUUCGAUUUUUGUCCCAACUUCUAUUGUUAAUGAGCCACUCUUGUCCUUUUCUGAUCGGGUUUUGUAGUAGGUCAACUCUGAAGGUCUAAGCACGAACCAGAACUCUCUCAUUGUCGGAAAGAUGUAGCCUUUCUUUGUUAGGUAGCCUUUUUUAAUGACGUCUUCCACGAUUUUUUGGUAGACUUCUGUUAUUGCUUCUCUUAUGGCUUUGGUAUCUUUAAUGCCAAUAACGCAACGCGAUUCUAAAAGGGCUAUAAACGGAGUAAGCCUUACGUUACCCAUAGAAAUGCUUAAAUUUGUGAAAUCUUCUUCGUCAAAUGUACAACCCAAGGAACUCGAUAUUGUUUGAGCUAUGUUACAUACCUCUGUAGGAUGUAGCAAUAAGGUUUGUUCGUUUUGAUUGUCAACAACCAACUCGGCCAAAACACAAAACACCCUGUACAAUUGAAAAACAGCUUCGCUUGUAAAUAUUUUGUAGUCCCUUUGCAAGUAGCGUUUUCUGCACACAAGCCAGCAAACCUCAGCUAUUCUACUUUCAUAGUCUCGCAGUUCGGCCAAUGGCAACUUUGUUGGCAACGAAGAAAAAACCUCAUUUUGCAAAUAGUACUUGUAUUGUUCAAAAUUUAAAGUUGUGGUACUUCUGUAGUGUUCCAGGCCUCGUUCGACGCCGUACAAAUCGAGCAGGGUGCCGAUGUUUGCCGUUAGGACCUUUAAUUUAGACUUGUUAACAAAGCCCGUUUUGUCUUGUUGCAAAGCCUCAAAUGCCAAACAGACACAAUUUGUAAUGUUAUCCAAUAAGACCGACAUAAUUUUAAUUUUUUUUAAACUUGAUACAUGCUGAGCAAGGGAUUGCAGAUUACUGGCAACUGCAGAUAUUUGAGUCAUGGACUUUAUCGUGUAUAAUCAUCGGGUGGGAGCAAUGAAAUAAUAAACAAAACAUUAUAUUGUUUAUUAUGUGAGUGUUUGUGAAAUGAUUAUUGCAAAUUCAGCUAGAAGUUGUUUGAAAUUGUCUAAUGGAUUUGAUUGGCUCUGGCUGAUAAUUUGAACAAACCUUAUACCUACUUGGCCACAAUAUUUUUUGGAAUGAUCUAUUUUACAUACAGACAUUUUAGUACAAUCCCUUGAAAUCACAUAGGUUGCUGCCUUAAACGAAUCAAAAUUGACAACAAAUCAUUUUUGUAUUGUGGGCCCCACCAUUUGAAUGUUAAUUAACGGAAUAUCCUGUGGAACUUGAGCAUCCUCCCUGUAAAAAUCAUAUUAUAAUUAGAAAUAAAUGAGUUAUUUGGUUCAGUGCUCCAAAUCUAUAGGUAUAUUCCUUCAUAAAUUCUUGAUACAACUUUUCAUAUAUUGGCAUAAUAUAUUACAGGGGUACCGGGUUUCAGAAAACCUCGUGGGUGCUGAUGUUCAUGCACCGGCAUUUAUGAGGGGGGUGAACAGCCCGCCGGUGGCGAAAAAACUUCUCCAGAAGCCACGCCCAACAACGUUUACCAGCAUUCUUUAUUUUACAUUCAGACGAGUGUCUAAGAACUAAGAAGGGAAUGGUAAUACAUUUCAAACAACGUAGUUCACACCUUUCCAUAUUCGUUUUCCAGCUGCGGGAGCUAGUGUUGCUUGGUGCUUGCGUAAGGUUUUUGCGGUGUCUGCUAAAAUUGGAAAAAAAAGGACGACUAUAAGGGUAAAGAGUAGAGUGUUUUCACAGCUAUCAGAACAAUACCCACUUCUACCACGUAAAAGCCCUCCUCCAGCAUAGCCAUCAUAGCCCACCAUUAAUCUAUUUUCAAAAGGCGCCGCCGAUCUAGAGAUUUUCCCACGGUAUCGAAAAACUUCCUAGGC